CGCGCCUAACAUUCCAGCGCCAGCAUCAAGACAUAAAGGGUCGGUCAAACAAGCUAAAAGACGCGAUGUUCAAAGAGACCAAGAUCAAUGCUCUUGAUAUCGUCGAGCUUCCGCCUGUUGCCCAGGCUCAGGUCGGACAGCGAUACCGGAGACCUCUCUUCCAUGCAGCUCAUGCAGCGAGAUGGGCAUCUAACGUCUAUUUUCUGACCCGUCUGGCACUCCUGCUCAGCUCAGCGCGCCAAUCAUGGCCGAUGUGGUUAAUGCUCACUAUUGAAUGGAUCUCAGCUCAUGGCUCGCGUCAAACCUAUCUCUCAGCCAUCGCUGCCGGGUACAAGGCACAGUCACCCCGAGCCCGACUGCGGCUAGAGGAGACCAGCGCUGAGAAUCUUCCCUCAGUCGACGUUUUUAUCCCGACCUGCGGCGAGCCUCUCGACGUAGUCCUCGACACUAUCCGCGCAGCUUGCACAUUGGACUACCCUACUUCCCGCUUCCGCGUCCUGGUAUUGGACGACGCGGGCUCAGCGACACUCAAGAAGUCGAUCGAGGAGCUCCGCCUGACGAGCUACCCUAACCUGUCCUAUAACAGCCGUCUGUCCAGCGCCAAAGGCAGAGUCUUCGCCAAAUCUGCCAACCUGAACUACGCACUCUUCACGCUGCAGCAAGAUCCCGCCUUCCAGCCGCAGCCAGAAUACUGCGCUAUCCUGGACGCAGACUGCAUCCCCACCCCUGACUUUCUCCGCGCCACAUUGCCGCACCUCCUUUUGAACCCGGCUGCCGCGCUUGUCACGACAAGGCAGUACUACUACAACCUCCCACCCGGUGACCCGCUCGCCCAAUCGCGUAUCUAUUUCUAUGCCUGUGAUAACGCAAACCUCGAUGCGCAAAAUCGCGCCAUAGACGCCGGCUCAGGCGCCGUAUUUCGACGAAAAGCAAUCCUCGAUGUAGGCGGGUAUCCGACCUUUUCGUUCUCGGAAGACUGGCAGCUGUCUCUUAUUCUUCGGGGUAAAGGCCACCAGGUGCUGCAGGUCGAGGAGCCGUUGCAGUGGGGGACAGUGCCGGGCUCGUUGAAGGGCCAUGUUGCGCAGCGAGAUCGUUGGAAUAUCGGGCAUGCACAGCAGAUCAAGCUGCUUUUACCGAGCGUUAGGAAAGGUUUGCGGUUGGCAGGCAAACUCGGGUGGGAUAUCGGCGUAGAUGGAGUGCGCAUUAUGAGUGGACUGGCUGGCUGCUUUGUGGUACAGUGGGCAGCGCCUGUCCUGCUGCUCGCAGUCGCCCUAGGCCAGGAAAUUGUCCCUGCCUGUGAGAAAGAUUGGCUGAGUCAACUCCAGCUCAUCCUUGCGCUCGUGCAUAUCGGCUCCAUCUGGAUCUACGGCUGGCUACAAAUGGCCAGCACCGGAUUCCGGGUCACAUUGUUCCCGCAUCUGGAGAAUAGCUGGCUUGCUGGACUAUUUCGUUUGAAAUUCGUCUCUGACACGGCAUUAGAGCAUCUGUACGCGAUUAUCAAGUUCUACUGCGUGACUAGCAACCCAAAGGAAGGCUCCUUCGUAACGGGCAGUACGGCGAAUUCAUGGAAUCAGACUUGCACGCAGAACCCAAGUGUCAACCGCGCGGCCGUUGCCGAUACGGCUACUGCCACUGAUCUCAUGCGCUCUGUUUCAACCCGUAGAAGGCCAUCACGAUGGGAGAUUCUUGCGACUGGAGCAGUACCUGGUACCCUUCUCUGGCUGGUCAUCACAGCCGGUGCGAUUAUUUUCUCGAUCUGGAGAGCAUUCUAUACGGACAACACCAACGCACCGGCAAAGCGAACACUCACAGGACUUCUCUACCCGCCCCUUCUGCAUCUUCUUUACCUUACAGUCAAGAACUCGUGGGGGGCAGUCACUUGUCUUCUCGAUCCGCCAAUGUCUCCUGAGCGAAGGGAGGUGAUGGAAGCAACUCCUUCUGGGAUGCGGUUCCCCAAGACCGAAGUCAGAGAUGAAGUAGUCGGUCGAUCGGAAGGAAGCUUCGAGUCUGCAAUGGUCCCGGGAAUCGCUGCGGUUAUUUUUGGCGGGAUUCUAUUGAAGGCGACUCUGUAGAUGGAUGAUGAUUGAUAGUUAUUGCAUGUGCAUAUCACCAUUACCAUACUG